AUGGUCACAGGAAAUGGAGACUUUCGAUAUCCGCCCCUUGCAGGCGCGCAUGAUAUCCCCAGCCGACGCAGGAUCCCGAACCCUCCCCGCCUAGAUCCGUUGAGACUUAAUCCUCCCUUUCCACGCCCCUCGACCGCCGACGGCGUUCGCCCUCCUCCCUCUCAGCGACCCCCCGUGCCUUCCCCGCGACUGCACCCUGCACAGGUGGCUGCUGCCGAUUCAUCAUGGCGCUCCCCUUCGCCUCAACCCAGAGAUGAUGACUAUUUCGUCCCCCGCAAGCCCGCCCUCCGUACGCCAACAUUCCCGGUAUCACCAGGUCGUCGUGGGGGAUAUCCUUCCAGAGAGACUGAAUUCGAUCGCCCACCGCCUCGGAAGCUUCCGCCAGGCGCACCAGGAUUGCGCAUCUCCAUGUCUACCUCCAAAUUGCACAAUCGACGCCAACGGCCCCCUCGGUCACGAGAACGGUACCCAGAUGAUGCGUAUGGAUUGGCAUUGCCGCGCGUCGCGCCUCCGGGGAGCUAUGCAGACGCACAUGGAGAUGAUGCACUGCGAUCUAGUGUCAACUCCGCCAUGACAUCGCGAUCCAGCAUUGAGCAAGCCAGCGGAACUGAGCGCAGUAGUGUUCUCACCAAGAGUAGUUCGAUUACCGACCUGUCUCCUGACACGCCCGAUGGACCUUGUGAAAAAGAUGGGGGAAUGAGUGUGGAAGAUGCCAUUUCCAUGUACCUCGACGGUUUCAGUGAUGUGACGGAGGAACCUGGAACGCCAGAUAUAUAUGACGACGAGAAAGUAAGACCGUGGAGCCCGUGUCCGCCCACGGAAUAUACGCUCGAUGAUGGUCACACUUCCGAUGAGCAUUCGCCCGAUCUGGAUCCUACUGAGGAUCUUCCGCCUGUACCACCGCUCCCUGAGCUGAGUGCCCCUGUACGGGGGGCACUAAGCGAUCGCCAUGAGGGGGAGGAAGUCCCACAUGAAGAGCCACCCGUUGAGACACCAUUAAAAUCUCCCGGGGUCGAGCGUCAAGAAAGAAAGGUCGUGCUGCCCGGGGUGGUGCCUCCGCCCCUCCUGUUGGGAACGGACUCGCGCGAUCGCUACGGGUUCCGAAAGGCUACCCAUCAUGUGACGCUUGCCCAGUGGGAGGCUUGGAACAGCUCAUACUCCGACUUUGCCGCGACCCAGCGAAUCAAGUGGGUGGAACUGCUCCGCCAACAUCGGCUGCCGAUCACAGAUCCGAUCUCCUUCCCGCCAAAAUCAAACAAAGUCAAAAAGUUUGUGCGCAAGGGAAUUCCAUCGGAGUAUCGAGGAGCCGCCUGGUUCUUCUACGCUGGCGGGUAUGAGCAUCUGAACCGGAAUCCCGGGCUCUACGACCAGCUUGUCCGGCAGGCCAUGGAUUCCCCAAGCAACGACGACAAGGAACACAUUGAACGCGACUUACAUCGGACGUUCCCGGAUAACAUCCACUUCAAACCUGAAUCGGUCGAACAGUACGGAGGCUCCAGCGCUGGCGCUGGAAGCAGCAACCCGAAACACGAGUCCGUGACGGUUGAGACAGAGAUGAUCCAGUCGCUCCGGCGCGUGCUGUAUGCAUUCGCCGUGCACAACCCCCAGAUCGGAUAUACGCAGUCGCUAAACUUCAUCACGGGGUUGCUGCUGCUGUUCAUGCCGGAAGAGAAGGCAUUUUGGAUGCUGCACAUUAUCAGCUCGGUGUACCUCCCAAGCACGCACGAGAUCAGCUUGGAGGGCGCUAACAUCGACCUGUGGAUUCUCAUGGUGCUGCUCAAGGAGACGUCGCCACAUGUGUACAACAAAAUCGCUGGCGGGCUCGGUGGCGGCUCGCGGGCGCCCGCGCUGACGGUGACGUCGCGUCUGCCGGACAUAACGCUCGGGCUGACGAACUGGCUGAUGUCGGUGUUCAUCGGGACGUUGCCCCUGGAGACCACACUGCGGGUGUGGGAUGUGUUCUUCUACGAAGGGUCCAAGACGUUUUUCCGCGUGUCACUGGCCAUCUUCAAGUCGUGCGAGCGAGAGAUCAUGGCGGUAUCGGAUCCAAUGGAGGUAUUCCAGGUGGUGCAGACAGUGCCGAAGAAGCUGCUGGACGCCAAUACUCUGAUGGACGACUGUUUUGUGCGACGACAUCGGGUUGGACAAGGCCGCAUCGACGAGCUGCGCGCCGCGCGACGGGCAGCAGUUCGACACGAGAACAUGCGGCGCUCGCGGGCAUGGAACAAAGGGCAGAUCCAGGCAGCGACAGACGAGUGGCCAGGACGAUCACGAACACCUAUCCCAGGUAUCGAGCGCAAGAUCGGGGAUUCGUGGCGACACAUGCGGAACCAUGCAUUUCGGUAG